CGUGCACCAGGUGGCGCCGCGGCGCGGCCCCGGCCGUGAGCAGGCGCGUGGCCGUGCCUCACCUUGCGCUCCGCCACAGCUGGAGUUCACGCCGCAGGCGGUGCGCGCCCCCGUGGCUGCUCCCAGCUCUCGCCAGUGGGUUUUCCCGAAAUCGGUGCUUGCGCCUCUGGGGACGGCACUUUGUGGUCAGGACAAAAGAUACGACAAAAAUGAGUCGAGUUUGUGAAGAUCAGCACCAAGGGGGAAGUCUGUGAGGUUUCCAGCAGAUGUCUGGGAAGACGGUUGGAAAUCGAACUGGCGAAAGAUGAAAAGCCGCUCUUAGCAAGCUGGUCCAGUCGAACUGCCUUGUUGCUGUGAAUCCCUGGAUGAGAGAGCAGACAGCCAUGGACACCGUCGUGAUUGUGGCGAUCGGCGUCCUGGGCACCAUUUUCCUGGCCUCCUUUGUAGCCCUGGUGGCUAUUUGCAGACAUCGGUACUGCCGCCCCACCAGCCUCCUGCACCAGUUUGAAUCCAAACCUACAGUGGACCUCAUCGGGGCCAUGGAGACGCAGAGCGAGCCCUCCGAGCUGGAGCUGGACGAUGUCAUCAUCACCAAUCCCCACAUCGAGGCCAUCCUGGAGAACGAGGACUGGAUCGAAGACGCGUCAGGCCUGGUCUCUCACUGUAUUGCUAUCUUAAAGAUCUGCCACACUCUGACCGAGAAGCUCGUUGCUAUGACCAUGGGUUCAGGGGCAAAGGUCAAGGCCCCGGCUAGCCUCAGUGACAUCAUCACCGUGGCCAAGAGGAUCAGCCCGCGGGUGGACGAUGUUGUACGGUCAAUGUACCCUCCCCUGGAUCCCAAACUUCUUGACGCCAGAGCCGCCGCCCUGCUGCUGUCCGUCAGCCACCUGGUCCUGGUGACCAGGAACGCCUGCCACAUGUCCGGCAGCCUGGACUGGAUCGAGCAAUCGCUCGACACCGCCGAGGGCCACAUGGCCGUGCUGCGGGAGGCCGCCCUGGCGUCCGAGCCCGACAGGAGCCUGCCCGGCGCCGAGGCCUUCCGGCAGGAGCAGUCCGCCAUAUAGACCCGGAGCGGCCCUCGGACAGCAGCCGGAGCCGGGAGCGCUCUGGCCCCUGUCCCCCCAGCUCGAGAUAUCCCGCUCCUUCACUCGGCAAGGAUUUUAGGGAAUGGGCAGUUUCCGACACAUCGGCGGGCCUCACGCUGGUAACACGGAGGUAGCUCAGGUAGACUGUUACUCACAUGACGGAUCAUUCACACGGUACUCACUCCGGCCAGCACAACAGGGUUCCUGAAAGGAAAAGGAGUGCAGGUCAGUGAUGUAGUGAAAAUUAAGGUCCUUAAAAUAUCACCGUUCCUUUCCUAAAGCCAUUUAAUAAGAGCAGUCAGACGUUGUAGGCUGAAUUUCUUUAGUUUUUCUGCUGUAUUUUAUUCUGUUAAUUGGUAAAGAAUAUAUUUUGUCUCAUAUGAUACAAAAAGUAUUAAAGUAUAAGCUCUUUUCUUAAUAAAGAAUCCCUUAAGGGUCUACACCCUGAUCAGUGCAUGGUGGAGACCCCUGCCGGCCAUGGUGUGGCAUAGCAUGUGAGCUUGCAUUGGACUCGAACCGUAAAUGCAGAACUCUGGCGGAUGGGUUAGGGAGGCACUGCAAGAAGUUGUUUUUGGCAAACAAGGCUCAUUCAUUCACUCACCCUAGAUAUCUGACUUCACAUCAGUCGAGCACAGGCUGCCUACAAUCAAUAGGAACAGAAAGCACAGUGUUAACAUUUGCUGUCACAAGACGGAUUAGACUUUAAUCCAUUCAAGACAGUUGAAUAAACUGUUCAGUCCAGUAGGAAGGUCUGAAAUCCAGGUCAGUGAGAGGUGCUGGGUUUGUCAGCUGGCUAUCGAAUUAAAACAUUUUCCCUGACACUUGUUCCACAAUAAUUAUUAUACAUUAAAUUCUGUAUUGAAGUGCAUCUAUAGUACAGUAUAUAUAUAUACAUGCUUGUAUAGGACUGCUGAACCAAUAAAAACCAAAACACUUGAUCACAACUAAUAGCAUAAACUUCUAAAGAAAACUAAUACAUUAUGUAAUCUCACUGGUUCUGCAAAAAAAAAAUCAUGCACAUUUUACAAGUAAAAUGUGUGCAUUUAAAAUAAGAUUUUGUACAAUGCACAUUGCUGUUAAGAAAUCACUUUUGUAGUUAGUAUUUUUUGUAGUAAAGGCAUGCCUGCGAUCCAGUUCUUGAAGAGAAAUAUUGUGGACAUACUGAGUAAAGUAUGUGCUUUUUUAAAGUAAGAUGAGAUGGCAAUAAUAGAAUGAGACAUUGAUGGAAACGGGAGGCUUCAUGUGUAAAAAAUAGUGUAAUCAUAUUUAUUGUUAAAAUACCACACUUUUCCCCCACUUGCUAAUCAUACUCGAGAAACUUUGUAAGCAUUCUUUCUGUGCUGUUUUUAUGCUGUCAGCUCUUACCUGUGUUACUGAAACUAUGAAACACUGACACACGCUUUGUUUCCCUCUGUAUAGAUUUAUACAGGCAAAUAAAACAUUUUCUAAAAAAGA